AUGGCCUCCUCCCUCCGAGCUUUGGCUGGACUGCGCGCUGUCGGUCGCCUAGCAACACCAGCUCGAUCCUCGUUGAGACCAACGCCUUUUCGAGCUUUGGCAACAAGUACCGACAAGCGUAAAGCCGCCGCCGUGGCUCAAGCUCACAUCGAGACUCCUUCAAUGGAGACAGCAUUCUUCCCCGAUGAGCCCGUUGGGCCCAAGGUGGUCACGCCUAUUCCAGGACCUCAAAGCCAAAAGGCCAUCGCGGAGCUUCACAAAGUAUUUGAUACUCGCAGCCUCAAUAUGUUGGCAAACUAUCAACAGAGCUACGCCAAUUACAUCGCAGAUCCCGAUGGAAACGUGCUGCUGGAUGUAUAUGCCCAGAUUGCCUCCAUCCCCGUGGGCUACAACAAUCCUUCUCUCCUGCUGGCAGCUACUAGUCCGGAGAUGGCCUCGGCCAUCAUCAAUCGACCUGCUCUAGGCAACUUCCCUUCCCACGACUGGGCUUCGAUCCUCCAGACCGGUAUUCUUCGAGUGGCGCCCAAGGGCAUGAACCAGGUCUUCACCGCCACGGCCGGUUCGGACGCCAACGAGACCGCGUACAAAGCUGCUUUCAUGUGGAAGCGACAGCAAGAGCGGGGCGGCCGAGACGUGGAAUUCACCGCAGAAGAGAUCGAGAGCACCAUGGAGAAUAAGAAGCCCGGCUCCCCCGAUAUGUCGAUCAUGUCCUUCAAAACCGCCUUCCACGGUCGCCUGUUUGGGACUCUAUCAACCACCCGCAGCAAGCCGAUCCACAAGAUAGACAUUCCCGCCUUUGACUGGCCUCAAUGCUCCUUCCCCUCUCUGAAGUACCCUCUCGAGCAGCACGCGGAAGAAAAUGCCGCUGAAGAAAAGAGAUGCCUGGAAGAAGCCGAGCGUAUAAUCAAGACGUACCACAAUCCCGUGGCUGCUGUGAUCGUCGAACCUAUUCAGUCUGAAGGCGGCGACAACCACGCUAGUCCAGCCUUCUUCAGAGGUCUACGGGAAGUCACUCGCCGAAACAAUGUCCUCUUGAUCGUCGACGAAGUGCAGACCGGUGUCGGCGCGACGGGCAAAUUCUGGGCCCACGAUCACUGGAACCUGGAAGAUCCACCGGACAUGGUGACCUUCUCCAAGAAAGCACAAACGGCGGGGUACUACUUCGGCAACCCAGACUUGCGACCGAACAAGCCAUAUCGUCAAUUCAACACAUGGAUGGGCGACCCGGCCCGGGCAAUUCUCUUCCGCGCCAUCAUCAAUGAAAUUGAGAGGUUGAACCUGGUGGAGAAUACGGCAGUGGUGGGCGACUACCUAUAUGCAGGCAUCGAGAGGCUCGCUCAACAAUAUCCCCAACAAUUCCAAAACCUCCGAGGUAAAGGGCAGGGCACUUUUAUUGCCUUUGACAAUCCCAAACGUGAUGAAUUUUUGGCAAAGGCUAAGACACUUGGUAUUAAUAUUGGUGGCAGUGGUGCGUCGGCUGUGAGGUUGAGGCCGAUGCUGAUAUUCCAGAAGCACCAUGCUGAUAUUCUGCUGGAUGCGUUCGAGAAAUUGGCCAAGUCUCUGUGA